AGUACUUUGACGUCGCAUCAACGAACUCGCAUCAAACCUUUACUUACCUUUCUGUGCCACUGUAAUUCACAAUCAUGUCGACCAAAGUACAAAGGAUUAUGGUUCAACCCAUUAACCUGAUCUUCAGGUAUCUCCAAAAUAAAUCAACAGUACAGAUCUGGCUCUACGAUCAGUUAGACAACAGAAUUGAAGGAAAAAUUAUUGGCUUUGACGAAUUCAUGAACCUAGUCCUCGACGAGGCAGUAGAGAUAAAUAGCAAGACCCAAACACGAAAGGAGAUUGGUCGUAUUCUUCUGAAAGGUGAUAAUAUCACGCUAAUUCAAGCAGCCUAGUUCCCGUAGACAUGUCUCAACUGCGGUUAUUGUACAGCUUUGAAGGCCGCAUAUAUAUUUCGUCUCCUUUUCUUUUCUUCAAAAACCACAGAAUGAAAGCCACCUAUUCCAAACCACUAUGUGCAACUUUAUAAAAGAAAAAAAUGUCACUACGCUUAUUACGCUGACUCUUGCAUGUUGUAUUUAAUGAAUUUUCAGCUCUGUGUCAAACACUCGGAAUCUUCGAUCCUUUUGGCC